AGAAGAAGAAUUGAACUCAAAACUGCUCCUUACCCCAUUUUUCCAUGAGCGUCAAAUAUAUGAUAUUGCUAAUUAUUUGUGCAUAUUUUUCAAGCUUAAUCUGUUCCUGUUUUUGUUCUAUCCAAUAGAAGCGUACCACCUUGCCCAUUAGAGGAGUAACUUUGGUCUGUUAACAGACCAAAGUCGGUAUGGCAAUGAUUUUCAUCAACUCGAAUGGCAUGAUGUGGAGGGAAUUAGCUGGCUGCUUUCAAUAGCUACAGUGAACUCAACUGCAUUUGAUUGCAUAUACCGCCAAAAGAUUGCCAUUUAGUUCUAAUCAUAUAAAUUUUGGCUUGGUAGAAUAAACGAUAAAAGCAAACCAAAUUCUAAUUUAGCUUAAGUUAUACAAUUCUCAGUUAGAAAAGAUUCUGAGUCUUUGCGUUCUUUCUUUGUGUUGUAAUACAUAUAAAUUCAGCAGCCAAUAACUUCCUGAUAUUGUAUUUUACAAGUACUGCUGCUUGGAUUCGUCAUUUUCCUUUUGCACUCUUCCUCCUCCUUUGUCUAAGUAGCCUCAAAGAUGGUUAGCGCUGAGGUUGCAAGGAAUAUUGUAGGGAUCAUUGGAAAUGUCAUCUCAUUCUUUCUGUUUGCAUCACCAAUACCAACAUUUGUGAACAUCUACAAGAGAAAAGCAGUGGAGGAAUUCAAACCAGAUCCUUACAUAGCAACUGCAAUGAACUGCAUGUUAUGGAUAUUAUAUGGUUUACCACUUGUUCAUCCUGAUAGCACCCUUGUGGUCACUAUCAAUAGCAUUGGACUUGCAAUGGAGCUCAUUUUUCUCACCAUCUUCUUCAUUUAUGCCCAGAAGAAAGGCCGACUCAAGGUCAUUGGGUGGCUUUGCUUAGAGAUUGCAUUUUUGGGCGUUGUGGCCUCAUGCACAUUGCUAUUGCGUAAAACUCAUGCCCAAAGAUCUGUUCUUGUUGGGAUCCUCUGUGUCAUAUUUGGAGUCCUAAUGUAUGCUUCACCUCUUACCAUCAUGAGGAGGGUGAUUAAGACAAAGAGUGUGGAAUACAUGCCGUUUUACCUCUCCUUGGCCAACUUUCUCAAUGGAGUCAUUUGGUUAACAUAUGCCCUCAUUCGCUUUGAUCUCUACAUCCUGAUUGGAAAUGGAUUGGGGGCCCUAUCUGGAGCAAUACAGUUGAUUCUGUAUGCCUGCUACUGCAACUCUACCCCGAAAUAUGAGGACGAUGAGGUCGUUGUCAAGCCAUCCGAGCUGCAACUCUCCGACAACAACGGACCGGCUAGAGCUAGACCAACUGUUUGAUUGAUAUCUAAAGCAUUAAAAGUGAAAGCAAAUCUUUCUGGAAAGAAAUAAUACGAAUGUGUAUAGUGAAGACUUUCCAGUGUUUUUAAGGUUUCUUUUAGAUUGAAAUAGUGGAUCACAAUAUCGUGUUCAAGUUAAGAUUUGAUGUUUCAUCA